ACACCAAGGGGGAAAUUCAAAUUUUAAAACAUGUUCAAAUGAAUUGUUUUGGUAGUCCAAGUUGUAAUUUUAUCGCAUUGAAAACAUUCGAAUUUUUAAGUAACAACGUAACCGAUUGUCUGUUUUCAUUCUUAAAUUGUACAUUAUUUGUUGUUUUGAGCUCUUUUUUAUCGGCGUUUUAAAGACCAUCAUUGGAGCACAGUUGGUGUAUGUGUAUUCAGUAUGCCAGUAGACAGCACUUCUGAACUCCUCAAGCACUAUGAGGUUUAUGAAACCAUUGGCUCAGGUGGGUUUGCCAAGGUCAAACUUGGCAGACACAAACUGACAGGAGAGAAAGUAGCCAUCAAAAUAAUGGAGAAAAAAGAUCUUGGGGAUGAUCUGCCCAGAGUAAAGAUAGAGAUUGAGGCAAUGAAGAACCUCAGUCAUCAACAUGUAUGUCGUCUCUACCAUGUCAUUGAGACCACAAGCAAAAUCUACAUGGUGCUUGAGUACUGUCCUGGAGGAGAACUCUUUGAUUACAUCAUUGCUAAAGAUCGGUUAUCAGAGGAAGAGACCCGAGUGUUUUUUCGCCAGAUCAUCUCUGCGUUGGCCUAUGUUCAUAGCCAAGGUUAUGCCCAUCGAGACCUCAAACCUGAAAACUUGCUGAUCGAUGAAGAUCAUAACCUAAAACUCAUUGAUUUUGGCCUGUGUGCCAAGCCAAAGGGUGGUUUGGGUUUUGAAUUGCUGACAUGUUGUGGCAGUCCUGCAUACGCAGCUCCAGAGCUCAUUCAGGGCAAGGCUUACAUCGGCUCUGAGGCUGAUGUUUGGAGUAUGGGUGUAUUGCUUUAUGCACUACUGUGUGGUUUUCUACCAUUUGAUGAUGACAAUUGUAUGGUUCUCUAUAGAAAAAUCACAAGAGGCAAAUACAGCAACCCACACUGGCUUUCGCCUUCUAGUAUUCUGCUUCUAAACCAAAUGAUGCAGGUGGACCCAAAGAGGCGUUUGACAGUGAAACAUUUGCUUGAUCACCCAUGGGUUAUGAGGGGCUACAGCACACCAGUGGAGUGGCACAGUAAAUAUCCAUUGGGUCAUAUAGAUGAAGACUGCAUCACAGAAAUGGCGGUGACUUUCAAACAGUCCAAACAACGAACUAUCCAGCUUGUGUCUGAGUGGAAGUAUGAUCAAAUAACAGCAACCUACCUUUUACUGCUGGCUAAGAAGCGUCAAGGCCGUCCUGUGCGUCUGAGAGCUGAAUGCCCUGUGAUUGACAUUGUGUGUUCUCCUUUACAGGAUAUGCAACUGAAGAAGAGUCUACGCUUCACUGAGGAUGAUGAUGGUGUUCACCCAGUGGUGCUCGGCUCUAUGGUCUUUCCCCCUGAUUGCUACGAUGACGAGAAUCCCUGGACCCCUCUCACACCCAAGAACACACAUACCACAAACACUCCACGCAUGAAGCUGUACCCUGAAACAACAGAGAAGUGGAAUGAAAUGGCUUACUCCCCCGUCAUAGAGCACAGCAGACCCUGCCGACAGAAGCCAGAGAGACGUGAGAGAACCAAGGAAAAUAAAGAGAACCUGGCAGUGCCAGGCACAGAUGGAGAUGUUUUUGCUCUGCCAGCGCCGCGAACUCCAACAUCCAGCCGAAAGGUCAAAUCCAACAGAACUGUAAUGACAACACCCAACCACAACAACAACAAGAGCAGCGAAGUAAACAAAGGAGCGGGCAGUGCCACUAAAGAAGGGUCCCGCAGGAGAGAGGUGGAACAGCAGCAGAACGGCCAACAAGGAGAACUCAAUAUAUUGGCUUUUAGCCCUGAGCGAAGGUCUCGAUCACUGGACCUGGCAGGCUGUCAGGUGGACAGUGGGCAGAAGCGUAAGGGAGGGAAAGUCUUUGGCAGUCUGGAAAGAGGCCUGGAUAAAGUCAUUACAAUGCUUACACCCAGUAAAAAGAGAGGACCUCGAGAUGGCCCACGCAAAAUUAAGGCUCAGUAUAAUGUAACUCUCACCAAUCAAACGAAUGCUGACCAAGUGCUCAAUCAGAUUCUCAGCAUAUUACCAGAGAAGAAUGUGGACUUUGUUCAGAAGGGCUAUACUCUGAAAUGCCACACGCAGUCAGACUUUGGGAAGGUCACCAUGCAGUUCGAGCUGGAGGUUUGUCUCCUGCAGAAGCCUGAGGUUGUGGGGAUCCGUCGACAGCGGCUCAAAGGAGAUGCCUGGGUGUAUAAACACCUGGUAGAGGACAUUCUGUCCUCCUCCAGCCAAUGGUCUGCUUGAUUUCCUUUACAGACGUCCAUCUCUGUAAGCUAUCAUUAUGUGCAGAAAGGUAGUACAGUAUUAUUUUGUCAUGUUCUGGCCAUGAUAGAAAUGCUCAUUCAUUUGUCACUUUAUAUAUCUCAUCUUGCAUUAAGGGAAAUGUGUCUCACUUGUCUUUUGUUUGUUUUGUCUGUUUACAUGAUGUAGUGUCAGUGUGGAGUUUUUGUUUUAAUGUAACGUGUCUAAUCUGUUACUUUUUAAGGUCUGUCAUUUUGUUCAUGUUUGCUUUUUCUAAUAAUAUAAGUCUGACUUUUAAGAAAAUAAAUAUUUUUAACAUCU